GUCGUCGAGGUUGCCGACCAUCGGUCCCGUUUCAAUCCCUCGGCCCACCCUCUGGUAAACCGGUUAGAACGAGUUCAUCUUCAUUGGCAGACGGGCGCGGUGAUGAUCGCCGGACGGGUGUAGCGGGCAUAAGUUUGCAGAUCGGCACUACGGCAAGUUUGUAGUUACUGCAGCUACCGCAUUCAGGAACCGACGGGCAAUCAACACGGUCGUAGCAACGGCUUGGUCUACGAAAAAGUAUUCUCAAUUGACGUACGUCUGCGAAGGUCACAGUAGGAAACAGUGUAGGAAUACUUCAUUCCCUGCGGAUCAGUGCAUUGCAGAACAUAAUGGUCAUCAACUUUGGCGCCGGCCCGGCCAAGCUACCUCGCGAGGUGCUUUUGGAAGUGCAAAAAGAGCUCGUCGAGUAUGGGACGAGUGGUAUGAGUGUGAUGGAAAUGUCGCAUCGUGGGAAUUUCUACGUAACGCUCCACGACCAAACCUUGGCGCUGGCUAAGGAACUACUCGAUGUGCCCGAUAACUACAAGAUUCUACUCAUGCAGGGCGGAGGCACGGGAUUAUUCGCAGCCGUUGCAAUGAAUCUGAUAGCCAAAACGGGAAAAGCGGAUUACCUGGUAACGGGUAGUUGGUCGACCAUGGCAGCAAAAGAAGCGGCACGUUACGGUACGGUCAACUGGGUUCUACCAAAGCAGGACAAAUACACCGGCAUUCCAGCUCCCAAGGAUUGGAAGCUUGACCCGGAAGCAUCGUACGUGUACUACUGUGAUAAUGAAACGAUUGGAGGUAUUGAAUUUGAUUCCAUCCCCGACACUAAUGGAGUACCAUUAGUGGUGGAUAUGUCCUCUAACAUGCUAUCUCGGCGGGUUGAUGUUAAAAAGUUCGGAGUGAUAUUUGCCUGUGCACAGAAAAACAUUGGUCCUUCGGGUAUCACACUGGUGAUCGUACGAGAGGAUCUGAUUGGAAAUGCAAUGCCGAUUACGCCGACCAUCUUUGACUUCAGUAUAAUCGCGAAGGCGAAUUCGAUUAGCAACACACCACCAACUUUUAUCAUCUACGUAAUGGGGCGCGUAUUUGCCUGGAUCAAGAGGCAUGGUGGCGUGGACGAGAUGUACCGGCAGUCAUUGAGCAAAUCCCAGCUCAUAUACGAUGUGAUUGCCAAAUCGGAUGGAUUUUACUACUGUCCGGUCGAUGCAAAAGUUCGCAGCCGUAUGAACGUCCCUUUCCGAGUAGGAGGAUCGAGCGGUGACGAGGAGUUGGAGAAACUAUUCCUAAAAGGGGCCGAAGCACUUGGUAUGCAGCAAUUGAAGGGGCACCGAUCGGUCGGCGGUAUUCGUGCAUCAUUGUACAAUGCGGUAACGAUCGACGAAGCAAGAGCGUUGCAGCAGUACAUGCUCGAUUUCUUGAAGAAGCAUCAAAAGGCAUAAUUGAUGCUAUGCAACAGAGAUUUCUUUAUUAUUACUGCUUUCACCCAAAUGGUGCCAUCUUAUCAGAGCAGCUGAAACAUGAUCAUAUUAAAUAACUUUUUCCUGACGAAAAAUA